AUGGCGAAUGAAACAGAAGUCCAUGUUGGCCUGGACUCCUGGACGGGAUCAGGAUACCCACUGUUCGAGCAAAUGGAGCGGGAGAACCCGAGCAUCGCCCCCGUGGAUUUGGGGAGCAUGGGCUAUGAUGGUGAGGAGUCCUUGUACGUUUCUGAUCCAGUGCGUCAGGCGGCAUUCGAAGAAUUCGGCCUGGCUUUGGACUUCUACAAGGCCUACAACACCAGUCAUCACAACCCCAAGAAGUACUUCGACUCCGUUUCUGACAUCAACAUCUCGGAGGUUGCCUGGUGCAACACCACGGAAUUCACCAACCCGGAACGGAUUUCGCUGUAUCUCCAGUACUCGGGAGAUUAUGCCGGGGCGGUGCAGGUGGAUGAGACCUAUGUGGCCAAAUGCGAGGAUGGGCACUGGUGGCGAGCCCCGGCUUGCCGUCACGACUGGUCCGCAUGCAUCCCACUAGUCACUGGUGGUGCGGGCUGGCGCCUGCAAGCCUUGAUGUCUUGGGCCGCUGCCUAUGGCAUCCCUGCGGCCGUGGGGGUUUCCAACAGCUGGGGGAACUACGUGAAGCACGUGACCCAGGUGCGGAGCUUGUUCUACUGGUGGCUCCCUGACUCCACCUUCAUCGACAUGAAUCCCAGUGAGGUGGUUUUUCCCCGGCACUCCGCGAGGGCUUGGGAGCAGGGGGACAAGAGGACGGGGGCCAAGGGCAGCUACGUGUCCAAGAUUGUGAGCAACAACCUGCAGGCCAAGUCGCGGCUGGUGCACGGCUUCGUGAAGAACAUCAACUUCGAGCUGCCGGAGGUGCAGCGGAUGCUGGCGGACUACGAGACCUUGGGCGCCAAGGAAGCGGCGUGCAAUUGGGUGAAGGAGAACCCGGCCAUUUGGAGGAGAGCUGGGUGCCCAUUGACACCAAUUGCGGCGCCGGCUUCGGCGUGGUGGACGGCCACGGCGCGUUUCUGGGGAACCGCACGGGGGCGGCGAAGUGUGGGCUCUGCCCAGCGGGCCGCACCUCGGAGGAGGUCUUCGACAACUUGGGGAAGACGCACCGGUGCCUGCAGUGCCCACCAGGCUUCUUCCAGGCCAACACCUACUCAACGACCUGCGAGCCGUGUCCGAAGGGUACCAGCAGCGAUGCCCAGGGCAGCACGGGGUGCCAGCAUUGUGCGGAGGGCUUCUACCAAGGUGAGGUGGCCCAAACAAGCUGCCUGA